AUGAAUCUGAUAGCUGACCGGUCCCGCAACGCAUCGGAGCGACUAUCGGCUACAACUACCCUUACCAUUGAUGUUGCCGAUUCGGAUGAUCAGGAUCCGUCCUUUAUCUAUCGAGGGUGUGUGCUGCUGGACGGUGCCUGUCUCAAUCCGGAAUACAUCGCUUCCGUCCCAGCUGGAACUCUACAAGGCGUCCUUACCGUUACUCCGGAGCGAAUACAAGCCAUCGACCUGGACACGAUCAGUGCGCCUAUCCGAUACUCAUUCCUUAGUGGAAUCCCAGGUAAUUACGAUGACUACUUCGAAAUAGAUUCCCAAACGGGAGUGUUGAAGCAAACCAAACUGGUGGACUCGUCUGUAACAGCGAAAAAGUACGAUAUUAUCGUGAAAGCAGAAGAGGUUUCAGAAACGAAACGAUUUGCAACGGCUAAGCUUACCAUUCACGUUAAACCAAUAGACGCAUACCCUCCUGUUAUCGGCAUCACAUCAACAGAGGGAUAUGUUGAUGAAAAUUCUCCAAUAGGAACAACCGUAACAGACUCUAAAGGAAACCCGAUAAAACUAAUCACGACCGAUGCAGAUGCUGCAUCCGAAAACGAACAAGCCGAAUACAUCUACGAAGUUACGACUCCGUCCUUUGUCGUGUCCAAGAAUGGAAUUCUUCAGGUUAACGAAGAAGGUUUGGACAGGGAUCCACCCAGUCAGGGAAAGUACAGAUUUCAAGUGGUAGCCCGUGAAGCAAAUGGAAACGCUGCAAGUGCACCAAUGAGUUUGACGGUUCACCUGAAAGAUGUAAACGACAAUGCUCCAAAAUUGGCCAUGGUACCUCUGGUUAGUUUGACUGCAGGAGAUGGUCGACGAUUGGUGACUAAGGUGACAGCAACUGACAAUGAUUCCGGCGAAAAUGCUGUUAUUACAUAUUCCAUCUUUCAUGUUUCAAACAAUGGAGCCAACAAAUUUGGCAUGGAUCCAAAGACCGGUGAGAUUGAAACUAGAGCGAGAUUAAACGCCGGUGAACAAUACAGUAUUACAGUUCAGGCUUCCGAUAUUGGAGGUUUAUCUUCGCAAGCUAUUGUUGAAGUCUCAGUGACUCCGGGACCGAAUACAAAGCCCCCAAGGUUCGUGAAACCAGUGUACGACGUACAGGUCAGCGAGGGAGCCGAAAUAAACUCUACUGUCAUAGUUGUGAAGGCUGAGGAUCCAGAGAACGAUCCAGUAAAAUACGCCAUCACCACAGGAAAUGAUCUACGGCAGUUUUCGAUCGGAAAAGAAAGUGGAGUUAUCAGCGUCAUUCGGAAACUUGACAGGGAAGACUUAACGAGGUACCAACUGAUCAUCAGAGCUGAAGAUAGUGGGGGUCUGGCUAGCAGUGCUACUGUCAACAUCAAAGUAACUGACAUUAACGAUAAAAAUCCAGAGUUCGACGAAAGUCUGCUGCCAUACGUGUUCACCGUAGACGAAGGAAGAGAGAACGCCGUAAUUGGAAUUGUUCAUGCCACCGACGCAGAUGAAGGCAUGAAUGCUGAAAUAACAUACACGAUUCCAUCUGAUAUACCAUUCAAAAUCAACUCUCGAACGGGGGAGAUUAGAACAAAGUCUCAACUAGAUUACGAGAAGCAGACAGAAUACAAGUUUGUAGUUACCGCGCAGGAUGGCGCGCCAGAACCACGACUGGGAACAGCAAGUGUAACCGUCAAAGUACGAGACAUUCCUGAUGAGGUUCCUAGGUUUCUGGAGUCAAUGAUCGAAGUCAAGAUCCCGGAAAAUGUACCAGAUAUGGUUGUCACAACUGUACGAGCAUUUGAUCCCGACACGAAACCAGAAAUUACCUAUGUAUUGAAACGAGGUCCUGGCGAUUUAUUUAAGAUUGAUGCAAGGACAGGAUUGAUCAAAACUAUUCGUGGAUUAGAUUACGAAAAGGAUAAGAUUCAUGAACUAAUUAUAGGCACGGUAGAAAACAAUGGCACCAAUCCAGGAGAUUACAUUAAAAUAAUGAUCGAAGUAGAAGAUCGCAACGACAUACCUCCUGUUUUUGUAUCGAUUCCGGAACCAAUCAAUGUCAACGAUGACCUGCCAAUUGGUACGAUUGUAGGCUCGAUGCCAGCCGUGGAUGGCGAUGGCUCAUCGCCUGGCAAUGUGGUUCGCUACGAAAUGGUUGGCCGAGGAAAGGCCUUAAAAUACUUCCAGGUAGAUGCAGACUCCGGUAUAGUUCGCAUUCGUGACGAGCUCAACAAAGAGGAUGAUACAGAAUACUUGGUUGAUGUACGUGCUUACGACAUGGGAGAACCUCAGUUAAGUUCGGUUGCAACCCUACCAAUCUACGUCAGUCACAUCCCAGCAAAUCCAAAUGACUCUGCGGAAUCGCGAGUUGAUGCCGGAGGAAUCGUUAACCUUGAAGUACAAGGUCUUGCCUUCAGUGACGACAGCUACAGUACGAGCGUUCCAGAGUCUACGGGAAUCAACGCCACCAUUAAGCUUAUCCAAAUUAUUAAUUCUAAGAAGGCUACAAAACACAACGGAGGAUUCCGAUGUGAAAUAAUCAAAGGAAAUAACUUCAAUUUGUUCCGGAUCAGUAUUGAAGAUCAUGCUUGUGCGUUGGUGUUAAAUGGACCACUGGACUACGAAAAAGCAUCUAGUCAUAACCUAGAGGUUCGCCUGGUAUCCAACAAAUAUUUUGUAAACCAGCAUAAAAAUUUUGCUCAGCUUAAAGUCAUUGUUCAAGAUGACAACGACAACAUCCCUAUGUUCCAAUUCCCUGUAAGCUACCAGCAGGGAGUUCGUAACGACACCUAUUACACUGUGAUCAGUGCUGAAGCCGAUAUGGAUACGCCACUGAUUACAGUAAAGGCAGUAGAUAAAGACGCAGGUGUUUUCGGACAAAUAAAAUAUAAUAUUUACGAUGAAAAAGUAAACGAAAUCCCAAAUGACGACUCACCGAGUUCGUUCUUCACUAUCGGUGAGGACAACGGAAUGUUGAAGACCCAAAAGAGAUUUCAAAAUGUAAAACAAACUCCACUGGUACUUAUCGUAGAAGCUCGGGAUAACAACGGUGAUCCGUUGGCAGGAGUAGUGCACAAAGCGAAGGCCAGGGUUGUAGUAAAUCUGAUCUCAGACAUCAACCGCAUGGCGCUGGUGUUUUCCGAUUCCGCUCCCAAGGAUGUGAGAAGACAUGUGAGAGCAUUGGAAGAGUUGCUGCAUGAAAAAUCUACAGGUCUCAUAACCGGAAUCGAACGGUUCAGCAUUAGAAAGAUUCUUAACGAAAAUGGAACGGUUGAGGAAAUCAAUGGAGCAACUGAUGUUUGGUUCUAUGCUGUGGAUCCAAUGUCAGAGCGAAUCUUGGCACGUAAUUCUACGUCGGUUAUGAGUACUAUCUUGACUCCAACCGUUUUGUCGCAAAUUAAUUUCGAAGCAUCCAGCAUAGCACGAGCGACAGCUCAGGGCAUCUUUGGUCCAGUCGAACCGAAACAACAAAUUCAAAAAGUUAAAGCAGCAGUAGUCGUUAAUGACGAUGUCUUUCCGUAUGCUCUCAUAGCUGUUGCGGUAGUAAUACUUAUUCUUGGAUCGAUUGGAAUCGUCUAUAUUUGUAUAUCCUGGUCAAAAUAUAAAAAUUUCAAACAGCGUAUGCGCCAAUAUAAUGCCCCUGCUAGCCCUGUACGCUAUGAUCCCGUUAUAAUCAACUCCCAAGCCCCUGCAGCAGAAAACCAAACUAGCCUAAAAGAGUACGAAACCCAGGUACUUGCAAUGGCUGUCCCUGUAGACGAAGGCGACGACCUUCAGCUAGAUUUUAGCGCCAAGAACCAUGCCUUCAGUCUGGACAACGUUAGCUACAUCACACACAAGGAAAACGGUCAACACAGUCCUACGAACUCCGACGCGACGACCGCUGUUGUGGGUACUUUACAUCGCAACAAUAAUAACAACACCAAAAACAAUAACAACCUGAACAUAAACAAUCGACAAAACACCCUCAAUCGAACUCUUGAGAUGAAUCGUAACAACUACCUGAAUCCAUUAGGUUCUGUCAGCAACGGAAUAUUACCGGGGACGCUGACCUUAGGGCGGAUAAAAUCCGAGAGAAACAACUACAUCAAUGGCUACGGGGAUACCCUCAACAGAAACAACCUGUCGAUGGCCCAAAAUAAUACUUUCAACACGUUGGGCCGAAACCAUCGGAACAAUAACACCAACAGUAGCAACGUCAAUAACAUAAACCACCACCAUCACAAUCACAAUCACAAUGGUACCGGAAAUGGGACGGAGAUUGUUACUAAUACGCUGGGAAGGAACAAUCGCUACACAUCGGACGUGCCAAUCAGUAAUCCCCUUUUCCACAUUCGGCAAAACGGAGAUCUGCAGUCUCAGCCCCAGCUCAACCAUACAAGUCCCACCAACGAGAAUGUAACCUUCGGUAAAAGAGACUAUAACCAACUUCCAUUCUCCUACCUUAACGAUCUGGAUCGAUCGGAUGCAGAAACGACUACUGAACUAUAGGUUUUAAUAAAAUUUAAAAUUAUCAACACUCCAACGACCACCGAAGAAAUUCGUUUUCUCACCAAAACGGCUAACCAAGUCAAUGGUCUGCGGAGAAGAAAGAAUGGUGAGAACAAAAUUUACAAUAAAAGUUCAAAUUUGUGAGAAGCCAUCCUGGAACGAAUGUGUAGAUCAACUGCCUUUUGAGUUAGUGUAUAGAUAUUUUAACCGUUGUUUUAUUUUUGUUAUGUCGUAAGAUUUUACCUCUAGAUAGCUGCAAUAUUUUUAUUUGUUUUCAAUCUUUUUUUUUUUUACAUUUAUGUAAACCUAUGUGGCAUUUUUCUAUAUAAAUAUCUACACGAUUCUUAACAAUCUAGUUUUAUAUACAUAACACUAUCCCUUUCUUAUCACUGAGUCGAUUAACUGUGACAUUCAUAUUUAUAAAGAAACCCGAACGAAUGAAAUAUUAUAAAAAGUCUGCUUCUUUGUAAAUAGUAAGGAUAUUGCGCUUAAA